AUGUCAGGCGUAACAGAUGAUCUACCUUCAAAUGAGAAGAGAUGGGAAGCUGCCAUGGCUCGGAUGGGCCUUACAGGUCAAACUAUCCACGGCGCGGAGUUGGACUCUGCCUCAAAGAUUGAAUAUAAACAAUUUCUUCUUCUUCAAGUACUGUGGGAGACACGCCAUAUCCAAGAUCUGCCCAAACUGCUCCCUGACUUGAACAAAUGGAUUGUUAAAGCAGAGGAACUGUUGAAAGAUUACAAGUCAUGGCAAACAUAUUGUCAGGAAUUCUCAUCGAAAGAUAUGGGGGAAGGGAACUUCACAAUUGCCCGGCUCUAUCAGCUCGAGGUUACAAGCACAAAAGACGACGUAGAUCCACGGUCACUUGCAACACCUGUUGCACAUCGAACACGCGCUAGGGUACUGAGUCGAAAGUUAGCCGACAUGUAUUUGGCAACGCCCACAAAGUCCAAAAAUGUCCCUGAGUCCCUAGACGUGGAAGACCAAGGUCUUGAUACACCUAAGAAUACUCCGGUGAAGUCGAUUCCGGAAACCCCAAGUCCACCUCAGAAGAUUUCACCUCCUUCCAAAGAGCAAAUGGACGUGCUAUUUCCUCCGACUAGGGACGAGAAAAUCGUCAAUUGCGCCCUUGUUAUCUUCAUGAAUGCUCUAACAGCACCGUUCAAGCUCGCUAACAAUUGGACCUUGCACAGAAAGGCUUUCAAGGCUGAUUUCGGAGAUGCUAGUUUCGAAGCCAGAACCGAUGGGUAUCUGGAUGACCGGCAAGGUAACGCUCAGGCCAUUAUUGAGGUCAAACCGGUCAUGCGAGCAAAGAAACUGGCUGCUAUACGAAUGCAGGAGAGUGCGCAGAUGGUUGCGUGGGUCAAAAGUGAUGGUGUACAGGCGUUUACAAUGGACAAAGAUACGAUGACGAAUAUGUCAAAUUUCUGGCGGACAAAAACUAUACGAGCCAGUCCCGGCCCUUUUUGA